AUGCAUCUCACAAUUUUAUCCCGUAAAAUUCCCACCUUGAACGAGGCUCAAUUUCGCCAUGAAUUUCGAGUUAUUCACGCCGAGCAGACUAUUUCCAUCGCCCAAAACCUGGGCAUCAUUCACCAAUACGAGCAAGGCCUAGCCCUGCAAACCCUCAAUAAAACAAUUCUAGACCGAAGUGCCUUACUUCCUCUCAAAGAAGCAUCUAAAUAUGAUGCCUUCGCUCGACUCACCUGGCCCAGGCUGGAGGUUAUGCAGGGAUCCUUCACAACGGAGGACUACCGCCGAACGGCUGGAGAACAUAUUUUCGCGGAGCCUUUCCAAAUAUUCAUCACUGAACCACUGAGCACAGAGGCAACACGGCAAAUCGCGAAAGAUUCCCUGAGCGAGGAAGAAAUCGUCCGAGUGAUCAUUCCCAUACAGCACUCCGCCAACGGAGUUGUCAGUGAAUCGGACUUUGAGGAACGAUGGGAUCAGCAUGCGUCUUUUAUAUCCUCGACAGGUGCGGUAUAUACCCGCCACCGGAGCUUAGAUAUUUCGCCCGAUCAACUGGCGCGGAUAUUCGACCAGACGCAAUUCGAUUACCGGCUUGUGGUUGCUCGGGGAGGGUACGAGGAGCUGUUGUUCCAUUCGCGAGCGGCAGCAGAGAAGUUCUUCAAGCAGUAUGCUGGGGAAAUGCGGGACUCAUAUGACCGGUUUGUCGAUCCGGCCUUGGAGCUGUUUAUCUACGACCAUGUGAUGCAGUUUGCAGCAGAGAAACGAGGCUGGUGGCAGGUGGGCGCGGGAUUGGCCGUAGGAACGGCGCUGAGGAUGAAAAUUAUCAUGGGGGUUUGA